CAGCCCGCCGUCACCCGCGGAGGGCCGCCGAGGGCUGCAGGCGGCGGCAGGGGGCUGGGGGCGAGAGCGGGCUCCGACCCCCGGCCGAGGUGAUGAGGGGAGCAUGGGCGCCAAGGAGUCACGGAUCGGAUUCCUCUGCUACGAGGAGGCGCUGAGGCGAGAUGUGGAGCUAAAACGACUGAAAGAUGCAUUCAAGAGGACCUGUGGACUCUCAUAUUACAUGGGCCAGCACUGCUUCAUCAGGGAAGUGCUUGGGGAUGGAGUGCCUCCAAAAGUUGCUGAGGUGAUCUACUGUUCUUUUGGUGGAACAUCUAAAGGCCUGCACUUCAAUAACUUGAUAGUUGGACUUGUCCUUCUUACAAGAGGCAGAGAUGAAGAGAAAACAAAAUACAUUUUUAGUCUUUUUGCAAGUGAAUCCGGGAGCUAUGUUGUACGGGAAGAAAUGGAAAGAAUGCUUCAUGUGGUGGAUGGUAAAGUUCCAGAUACACUCAGAAAGUGUUUCUCAGAGGGUGAAAAGGUAAACUAUGAAAAGUUUAGAAAUUGGCUACUACUGAACAAAGAUGCUUUUACCUUCUCUCGUUGGUUACUGUCUGGAGGUGUAUAUGUGACCCUCACUGAUGAUAGUGAUACUCCUACUUUCUACCAAACUCUUGCUGGAGUCACACAUUUGGAGGAAUCAGACAUCAUUGAUCUGGAAAAACGCUAUUGGUUGCUGAAGGCUCAGUCCCGGACUGGACGAUUUGAUUUAGAGACAUUUGGUCCAUUGGUUUCUCCACCUAUUCGUCCAUCUCUAAGUGAAGGUUUAUUUAAUGCUUUUGAUGAGAAUCGUGAUAAUCACAUAGACUUUAAGGAGAUAUCCUGUGGAUUAUCAGCCUGUUGUAGGGGUCCCCUUGCUGAAAGACAGAAAUUUUGCUUCAAGGUAUUUGAUGUUGACCGUGAUGGUGUUCUCUCCAGAGUGGAAUUGGGAGACAUGGUGAUUGCACUUUUAGAGGUCUGGAAGGACAACCGCACUGAUGAUAUCCCUGAAUUACAUGCAGAUCUUUCUGACAUUGUAGAAGAUAUAUUGAAUACACAUGACACUACAAAGAUGGGUCAUCUUUCUCUAGAAGAUUAUCAGAUCUGGAGUGUGAAAAAUGUACUUGCUAAUGAAUUUUUGAAUCUCCUUUUUCAGGUAUGUCAUAUAGUUCUGGGAUUAAGACCAGCUACACCUGAAGAAGAAGGGCAAAUUAUUAGAGGAUGGUUAGAACGAGAGAGCAGAUAUGGCCUGCAACCAGGACAUAAUUGGUUUAUCAUCUCUAUGCAGUGGUGGCAGCAAUGGAAAGAAUAUGUCAAAUAUGACACCACUCCUGUUGUGAUUGAGACAUCUUCUGUUUUGAAUGGAGGAAAAUAUGCAUUUGGAACUGCAGUACAUCACAUAGAGCAAAGUGAAGGAGGAGGCAAUGUUAGUUAUGGGAAUGCCACAGAAGAGAGAUUUUCAGACAAUGUUUCUACUGCUUCUGAAGCCUCAGAAAGCACUGGCAAUGGUUUUCUGUAUUCUGCUACACCAGGGACAGAUCUUUACUUUGCGCGACAACAUAACACUUCUGACAAUAACAACCAGUGUUUGGUAGGAGCCAAUGGGAAUAUGUUGUUGCACCUUAAUCCUCAGAAACCAGGUGCUAUUGAUAAUCAGCCUCUAGUAACUCAAGAACCAGUAAAGGCUACAUCAAUAACACUAGAAGGAGGACGAUUAAAACGAACGCCACAGCUGAUUCAUGGAAGAGAUUAUGAAAUGGUUCCAGAGCCUGUGUGGAAAGCACUUUAUCAUUGGUAUGGAGCAAACCUGACACUCCCUAGACCCGUGAUCAAAAAUAGCAAGACAGAAAUCCCAGAGCUGGAAUUAUUUCCUCGAUACCUUCUCUUCCUAAGACAGCAGCCUGCCACUCGGACACAACAGUCUAACAUCUGGGUGAAUAUGGGAAACGUGCCUUCUCCAAAUGCACCAUUAAAGCGCGUCUUAGCCUAUACAGGCUGUUUUAGUCGAAUGCAAACUAUCAAGGAAAUUCAUGAAUAUCUGUCCCAGAGGUUGCGCAUCAAAGAGGAAGAUAUGCGCCUAUGGCUAUAUAACAAUGAGAAUUACCUUACUCUGCUAGAUGAUGAGGAUCAUAGACUGGAAUACUUGAAAAUCCAGGAUGAGCAGCACUUGGUAAUUGAAGUUCGAAACAAAGAUAUGAGUUGGCCUGAGGAAAUGUCCUUUAUAGCGAAUAGUAGUAAAAUUGAUAGACAUAAAGUUCCUACAGAAAAGGGAGCCACAGGUCUGAGUAACCUUGGAAACACAUGCUUCAUGAACUCAAGUAUCCAGUGUGUUAGUAACACACAGCCACUGACACAGUAUUUUAUCUCAGGAAGACAUCUCUAUGAACUCAACAGGACUAAUCCCAUUGGUAUGAAGGGGCAUAUGGCUAAAUGCUAUGGGGAUUUAGUACAGGAACUUUGGAGUGGAACUCAGAAGAAUGUUGCCCCAUUAAAGCUUCGGUGGACCAUAGCAAAAUAUGCUCCCAGAUUUAAUGGGUUUCAACAACAGGACUCCCAAGAACUUCUGGCUUUUCUCUUGGAUGGUCUUCAUGAAGAUCUAAACCGCGUCCAUGAGAAACCAUAUGUGGAACUGAAGGACAGUGAUGGUCGGCCAGACUGGGAAGUAGCUGCAGAGGCAUGGGACAACCAUCUGAGAAGAAAUAGAUCAAUUGUUGUGGAUUUAUUCCAUGGGCAACUAAGGUCUCAAGUCAAAUGCAAGACUUGUGGACAUAUAAGUGUUCGAUUUGACCCUUUCAAUUUUUUGUCUUUGCCAUUACCAAUGGACAGUUACAUGCAUUUAGAAAUAACAGUUAUUAAAUUAGAUGGUACUACCCCUAUACGAUAUGGAAUAAGACUGAAUAUGGAUGAAAAGUAUACAGGUUUAAAAAAACAACUGAGUGACCUCUGUGGACUUAAAUCAGAACAAAUUCUUCUUGCAGAAGUACAUAGUUCUAACAUAAAGAAUUUUCCUCAGGACAACCAAAAAGUUCGUCUCUCAGUGAGUGGAUUUCUAUGUGCAUUUGAAAUACCCAUUCCUGGAUCUCCUAUUUCAGCCUCUAGUCCAGUACAGACAGAUUUCUCCUCUUCCCCUUCUACAAAUGGAAUGUUAACCCUAACAGCCAAUGGGGAUCUGCCCCGACCACUUUUCAUCCCCAAUGGAAUGCCAAACACUGUUGUGCCAUGUGGAACUGAGAAGAGCUUCACAAAUGGAAUGGUGAAUGGUCACAUGCCAUCUCUUCCAGACAAUCCUUUUACAGGCUACAUCAUUGCAGUCCACCGAAAAAUGAUGAGGACAGAACUAUAUUUCCUGUCAUCUCAGAAGAAUCGCCCCAGCCUCUUUGGAAUGCCACUCAUUGUUCCAUGUACUGUGCAUACCCGGAAGAAAGACCUGUAUGAUGCAGUUUGGAUUCAAGUAUCUCGAUUAGCCAGCCCACUCCCACCUCAGGAAGCUAGUAACCAUGCUCAGGAUUGUGAUGACAGUAUGGGUUAUCAGUAUCCUUUCACUCUACGAGUUGUGCAGAAAGAUGGAAAUUCCUGUGCUUGGUGCCCGUGGUAUAGAUUUUGCAGAGGCUGCAAAAUUGAUUGUGGGGAAGAUAGCGCUUUCAUUGGAAAUGCCUAUAUUGCUGUGGAUUGGGACCCCACAGCCCUUCACCUCCGCUAUCAGACCUCACAAGAAAGGGUUAUAGAUGAACACGAGAGUGUAGAACAGAGUCGACGAGCUCAGGCUGAGCCAAUUAACCUGGAUAGCUGUCUUCGUGCUUUUACCAGUGAGGAGGAGCUCGGAGAAAAUGAAAUGUACUAUUGCUCCAAGUGUAAAACCCACUGCUUGGCAACAAAGAAGCUGGAUCUUUGGAGGCUUCCUCCAGUACUGAUUAUUCACCUCAAACGAUUUCAAUUUGUAAAUGGUCGAUGGAUAAAAUCACAGAAGAUUGUUAAGUUUCCUCGGGAAAGUUUUGACCCUAGUGCUUUUUUGGUACCAAGAGACCCAGCUCUCUGCCAUCGGAAGCUCCUCACACCGCAGGGGGACGACCUCUCUGAGCCCAGAGUGCCAGCAGAAGGGAAGAAAGCAGACAUCCAGAACCCAGCUGGAGAGGAGGAUGUUCUCCUGAGCAAAAGCCCUUCCUCACUCAGUGCGAAUUUCAACUGCAGCCCAAAAGGUUCACCUUCUUCAUCAAGGAAAAGUGGAGCCAGUUGUCCCUCCAGCAAAAACAGCAGCCCUAAUAGCAGUCCUCGGACUUUAGGGAGGAGCAAAGGGCGCCUUCGGCUCCCCCAGAUUGGCAGCAAAAAUAAACUGUCAAGUAGUAAGGAGAAUUUGGAUGCCAGUAAAGAGAAUGGGGUCGGACAAGCAUUUGAGCCGGCUGAUGUCUUGAGCAGAGGCCAUGUGCUGGGAGGCAGCCAGUCUGAGCUGGUUACCCCACAGGACCAUGAAAUAGCUUUGGCCAACGGAUUCCUUUAUGAGCAUGAGUCAUGUGGCAAUGGCUAUAGCAAUGGUCAACUUGAAAACCACAGUGAAGAAGAUAGCACUGAUGACCAAAGAGAAGCUAUUCAUGUGAAGCCUAUUUAUAAUCUGUAUGCAAUUUCGUGCCAUUCAGGAAUUCUGGGCGGGGGCCAUUAUGUCACUUAUGCCAAAAACCCUAACAGCAAGUGGUACUGUUAUAAUGACAGCAGUUGUAAGGAACUUCACCCUGAUGAAAUUGACACCGACUCUGCCUACAUCCUUUUCUAUGAGCAGCAGGGGAUCGACUAUGCACAAUUUCUGCCAAAGAUCGAUGGCAAAAAGAUGGCAGACACGAGUAGCAUGGAUGAAGACUUUGAGUCCGAUUAUAAAAAGUACUGUGUGUUACAGUAAGGCUGCCACUCUGGCUAUGAGACAGGCAGUGGAAAGGGAGAAUCCUCCCUGUAGCUGACAUUUGGCAAAAGCAUCACUGAAAGUCCAACUAAAUAUAGUUAUUUUAUCCUGUGACCCUGAAGCACAAAAUAAAAAUUUUAAUGAAAAUAGCA